AUGAAAUGGUUCCAGAGGACACGAGCACCAUGCCGUGGCCAUCUCUGGGAUCUGCUACUCAUGCGCUGGGAAUCUGUAAACCUUGUGACUUCCAGCACCGCACCAGCUGCAGGGCGGGAUACAAAUGCCAGUUCUGCCAUCUAUGCCCUCCCGGUGAGAAUCGCCGUCGCAAGAAACAAAAGCAGGCUGCUGCCAAGUUUUGCCGUCGCCUGGAGGCUGCUGGUGAGAAGGUCUGACCUUUCCGAUCGGGAGAUGAUCUCCGGGAACGUUGCGGAACGUUGCGGAACGUUUGACCCGUGUUGA